AUGCUCAAACUCUCCUGUAAUGGUUUCUUUUUGAGUGACCUGAGGCUUAAGAUUCAGCGCGAUAUAAAUGCGGAUGGACGAAUUCAUUGUUUUGGUAUACCAGCGUCUCAAGCCACUUCUAUGGAUAAUGAUGGUGGUGAUGAUGAUGAUGAUGAUGAUGUCUCCGCCAUGGUGGCAUUGGUGAAACAUCAACAACAACAACAACAAUGUCCACUAACAGGCUCGAAGCACGCCAGCACCAACACCACCAGUGGUAGCAGCAGCAACCCAUAUGGGAAUGUGGCUGACGCCUCCACUCAACUGACGACUGCCAGUGCACCUGCACUCAACGUGAGUGAGAUUGCACCAAAAGUGGUGCAACGUGCACAAGGUGCACAGCAUGCUGCCAGUCCACAGAUCCCUCCACCACCACCACCAUCACCACCUACAAUUAGUGAGAGCGUCAGACAUGAGGUGAAGAAGCCAAGUAAGUGGAGGUGGGAGACGAAGAUGCGUGGCAAAUGA